AUGAAAACGAUUGAAGGUGCUUGGCAUCUGAGUAAAUGUGCUGUGGGUGGUAACAUGCUACUACGCUCUCCACAGUCAAGAAAUCUCUUCAGUCACUUCCCAUCCAAGUUCAGUCAUCUUGGGGCUUCCCGAGCCCAACUCAGUUCCUUGUCUUCUCUUUUAGAUAACUGCAACAAAACGGAGUUCCUUCAACAAAUUCAUGCCAGGUUUAUCCAUUACGGCCUACACCAAAACUCGACACUCUCGGCCAAACUCAUCGACAGCUAUGCUAAUCUCGGACGCCUAGACUUGUCCGAACUAGUCUUUAGCUUUGUAAACGACCCAAAUGCACUUCUCUAUAAUACAAUUCUCAGAAAUCUUUCCAGCUUCGGGAAAUGCGAGAAAACCCUUCUGCUCUACCAAGAAAUGGUUAUGAAAUCCAUGUACCCAGAUGAGUUCACUUACCCAUUUGUUCUUAAGACUUGUUCAUGUGUCUUUGAUGUUGAAAAUGGAAAGAAAAUCCACUGUCAUGUGGUUAAACUGGGUUUUGAUUCCGAUGCUACGGUUCAUGCCGCUCUGAUUGAUAUGUACGAGAAUUUUGGUGAAAUUGAGGAUGCAGAAGUGAUUGGUAGAAUGCCCAUCAAGAAUUUGGCUUACUGGAACUCAUUCAUUGCUGGGUCUUAUCAAAAUGGCUGUCCCCAUGAGAGUUUUCGGAUUUUUAAGAAAAUGAGAUUGCAAGGAGUGGAAUUCGAUUCGGCUACGCUAGUUAACCUGUUGAGAUCAUGUGUUGAUUUGAACUCGUUGGAAACGGGUAGACAGGUUCACCUUUUGAUUGCCUUGAGUAAUCUAGGGGAGGAUUUAUCUGUGAACACUGCACUACUGACCAUGUAUUGUAAAUUGGGCAAUCUAGAAACUGCGAGAUCAUUAUUUGACAGAAUGCCUGAGAAGGAUUCUGUUGUAUGGAACUUGAUGAUCUCAGCGUAUUCCCGAAAUGGAUAUCCACAAGAAGCACUCAAGCUUUUAAUUGAGAUGGGAAGAUCAGGUGUGAGGGCUGAUCUAUUCACCGCCAUUGCUGUUGUUCCUUCAGUUGCUGAGUUGAAAUCUCUCUGCCAUGGUAAACAGAUUCAUGCCAACGUGAUUAGAAAUGGUUCAGAUUACCAAAUAUCUGUUCAUAAUUCAUUGAUUGAGAUGUAUAGCAAAUGUGGCAACUUGGAAGCAGCUUGCAAGAUCUUUGAUGCAGUGGCGAAUAAGACUGUUGUUUCAUGGAGUUCCAUGAUAAAGGGAUAUGUGAGCCAUGAUCUAUCACAUGAUGCAUUAUUCCUCUUCACCAAAAUGAAGAUGGAAGGAGUGAGUCCUGAUGCAAUUACAUUAAUUAACAUCGUGCCUGCUUGUGUGAAUAUAGGAGCAUUAGAAACACUUAAAUACUUUCAUGGGUACUCUAUCAAAAGAGGUCUAAACAUUAUAAUCUCUGUUGCUACAGCAUUUCUCAUCAGCUAUGCAAAAUGUGGGUGUAUAGAGAUAGCACAAAAGCUCUUUGAUGAAGGGGAAAUUGACUGUAAGGAUAUAGUAUCAUGGAAUUCUAUGAUCAGUGCAUAUUCCAAGCAUGGGAAUUGGUCCCAAUGCUUAGAACUGUACAACCAGAUGAAAGGUUUGAAGCUGAAACCAGAUAGAGUAACCUUUCUUGGGCUGUUGACAGCUUGUGUUAAUUCAGGCUAUGUGAAAGAGGGCUGGGAAUGUUUCCAGGAGAUGACAAAGAUAUAUGGUUGCCAACCAAAUCAAGAACACUAUGCAUGUAUGGUAGAUCUUUUAGGGCGUGCAGGACAUAUAAAUGAAGCUGUAGAUCUUAUAAGAACAAUGCCAAUUGAACCAGAUGCACGAGUAUGGGGACCAUUGUUGAGUGCUUGCAAAAUGCACUCUGAGACUAGGCUUGCAGAGUUUGCUGCUGAGAAGCUUAUCUCCAUGGAGCCUAAAAAUGCUGGGAACUACAUUUUACUGUCCAACAUAUAUGCUGCAGCAGGAAAAUGGGAUGGUGUUGCUAGGAUGAGAUGCAUCCUCAGAGAUAAAGGUUUGAAAAAGACCCCCGGUAGUAGCUGGCUAGAGAUAAAUGGAAAUGUGCAUGAGUUUCGUGUUGCAGAUAGAUCUCAUCCCAAGUCAGAGGAGAUUUAUAAUAUAUUAAGAAAUCUAGAAUUGGAGAUCAAAGAGGAUGGAUACAUUAACUCAGAACAACCAGCUUAG